CUCUCUACUUCUGUUUUGGGUUACUUCGAACCUUAAAAGGUCUUAAAAUGGCCGCCUCAACCGCCGCCAGAUCCAUUUUCCGGUCCUGCGCCGGCCGGAGCUGCGCCUCGGCCGCUCGGUUCGCCACUGAAUCGAAAGCUGCUCGCUCACCGUUCCGCAUAGGACCCAAGCAGCCCACAUCAUCAUCUCCUUCUCUCAGGUGUCCUGUUGAAUUGAGCUUCUGUGUGGAGUCGAUGCUGCCCUACCACACUGCCACUGCCUCGGCUUUGAUGACUUCCAUGCUUUCCAUCACUCGCCGCAGCUACGGUUGGCUUCCUGAAGCUUGCAAUAAUGAUGCAUGACCAAUUUCCAAUGAGUCCAGUAGAAGUUUUCUUCAAAGUUCAUGCACAUGAAGAGAAAGAGACUCGGAAGCCUUAUGAGAUACAUACAGGACUCUAGAUUGAAAAUAAGCCAAUGCAUUGCUGUUGUAUCUAGUUUAUUAUUCUCCUUUUUUUCUUUUGGAUUUACUCUAAGCACCAUGAGGAUUGAGAUGUGAUAUUUGGAUCACUACAGUAACCACGCAUAUAUUAUCUUCCCUGCAAUGUUGCCAUUUUGUAAUCUUGGUGUAUGCAGCUUAUGUUUCUCAAAGUAAACGUGAUUACAUUUGUAGCAAUGAGAUUUCAUAGCUUCUGAUAUGGGUUUGAUUUAGAAAAGGUUCCUACGUGUAACAUGUUGUACUUCAAGCCAAAGCUCUUCCAGCCAAAUUCAUCUGAAAUUUCAGCCAUUUCACAUUUUAGUGCGUAUUAUGACCUAGCAGAGUUUCAGUUUACAGGAUUUUGGUUCGUUAUAGGGUGUGUAGGUUGAUAGGGAUUAUGAGCUGACAUACUUUGAGUAAGCUGUCCCAUUUUGCCUCUUCCUUUAUGG